GAUCGCGGAUCGCGAAUGUUUUUUGAGUUGAGACAGACGCCGUUCCUCUCUGCGCUAGUUCAGGUGUAUCUAGGUUAAAUUCGCGAGUGGAGUGUGUUACAAAAUGAUGGAAAGUGUGCAAAAAAAGCAUCAGAAAGCGAUACGAAAAUUGACUAAGUAGAUUGUUGGCCAACCGCUGUGUGCUGUCGUCUCGUCGGGUCGGGUGUUCGAUGAAAAGCGAAACCUGUGCGAAAAAAGAAAGCGAGUUUUCACUUUUCAUUUAGUCUGCCAUCGCUGGAAGUGCACUUCGUCCCCCCCGGAUCCCCUCAGGGCACCAAGUUCCCUAGUUUGUGAUAAAGAUAAAGCGAGCACCAGUGCGGCGAGUGUUCGAUUGCUCCGACAAUCAAAAACCAAAGAACUUUAGACAUCGAAGACCCUCUGGAAAGCACGCGAAGCACACAGACACCAUCACUCGCACAAAAUGAUAAAAACAAAGAGCAGCGACGACAAACUCGACACGCUCCUCUCGCGCAGCGUGGUUCCGAUCAUCGAUCUCGCCCACUGUGGUAUCGAGGAGGUGCCGGUCAAGUCGGUGGUCAACCGCGUGGGUCACCAGCUGAAGAAGGCCCUUUCCGAGAAGGGCAUGGCACUGCUGGUCAACCAUGGCAUAUCGGACGAGAAGCUCAAGACUGCCUGGGAUCACCUGGAUGACUUCGUGGACUUGCCACCCGAUGUGAGGCAGCACUACAUACGCGCCGAGGGCGACAAGCACGGCUACGUGAGUCGUGGUCAGCAGCGCUUCGAUGGCAAGGCCCCGGAGCUCCGGCACGCCUUCAACAUCAGCACACUGAACGCCCAGAAUCUGCCCGAGGAGCCGCUGCCGGGAUUCGCGGACCACAUCAGCACCCUGGCCACGGACUUCAAGGCGCUGGCCAGCUUCAUACUGCAGGCGCUGGCCGUCUCCCUGGACAUUCCGCACACCUUCUUCCUCGAAAAGCACUCGCACAUGCUGUCCGGCGACCAUGACAACAUGAGCUCCCUGCGCAUGCUCUACUAUCCGCCCAUCGUGGACGACGAGCCCGGCCAGAACGACGUGAUCAAGGGCCGCUGCCAGUACAGCUACCAGCGGUGUCUGUCCAACCAGCCGGACUUCCGGCCGGAGCACAAUCCCCGCGACGAGGACGACCUCAACGAGGUGGACGGACCCAAUGGCCAGCUGUUCGAGCACAAGCUGGGCAGCGGAGCAGUCAUCCAGUGUCCACCCCACGUGGACUACGGCACCUUCACCCUGCUCUCCCAGGACUCGGAGGGCGGUCUGGAGGUGAGGCUGCCCGGCAGCGAGAAGUGGAACCGCGUGGGUCACCUGCCCGGAUCCAUUCUCGUCAACUGCGGCGAGAUCUUGAACAUCUGGACACAGGGGCGAUAUCCCGCACUGCAACACCGUGUGAUUAUACCCGAGCAGGAAACGAUUCGGGCCCGUGGUCGGCACUCUAUAGCGUUCUUCUGCCACCCGGACAAUAUAACCAUGAUAUCGCCCACCGAUCUGCCCAAUCCAGAUGCCGCCCAGGACAAGGCGUGUCUCAAGCAGCGCAAGAAGUCCUUCAAGGCGGCGAAAGAAAGAGUCUACAAUGCAUAUCAGUUAAUACAGAAAAAGUUUAGAGAUACGUAUAGCAGUAACAACCACUCAUAACGACCAUAACCCGUCGGGCCAUCCAUCGCAUCUCUACCUGAACUGGAAUGGAGUUCGUCGUGGGAACGGAUGGGAUGGGGAAAAUGAAAGGCAGCAACUCAUAUGAUGUUUUGAACCUUUUUAUUAUUACCUUUACUUUUAUUCCAUACGAUUGUAAUUGCUUCAUUUCAUUAAUUUAUAUGUAUCGAGAUACUAUAUACAAUACAUGCAUACACCGUAAACAUA